AUGCCGGCCACCACGGCAGAGACGCUGUCCCUCGUCACACGCACCGUCUCCGUAGCUCCUCUCGUCCUUCUUUCUGCCGCAGAUCACUAUGGGCGAACCGCCAAGGGCACUCGAAAGCGGGUGGUGGGAGUCCUCCUGGGUCAAAAUGAUGGCUCAAACGUGAGGGUGUCGAAUAGCUAUGCUGUCCCCUUUGAGGAAGAUGAGAAAGAUCCCACGGUGUGGUUCUUGGACCACAAUUUCGUCGAGUCGAUGAACGACAUGUUCAAGAAAAUCAAUGCGCGAGAGAAACUGGUGGGGUGGUACCACUCAGGCCCGAAGCUGCGAGCCUCCGACUUGGAGAUCAACGAGCUAUUCAAGCGAUACACCCCGAACCCGCUACUUGUGAUCAUUGAUGUGCAGCCCAAGGAAGUCGGUGUUCCGACAGACGCAUAUUUUGCAGUGGAGGAGAUCAAAGAUGACGGCACAACCACGUCGAAGACAUUCGUCCAUACUCCGUCAAUAAUCGAGGCUGAGGAAGCAGAAGAAAUCGGUGUUGAGCAUUUACUCCGCGAUAUUCGUGAUGUAGCUAUUGGUACGCUAAGCAACAGAAUCACCGGCCAACUCCAGUCGUUACAGGGGCUGCACCUCCGCCUGCGUGAUAUCGGACAGUACCUGCAAAAAGUCCUUGAUCAUGAGCUCCCCGUCAACCACGCUAUCCUGGGCAAUCUACAGGAUAUCUUCAACCUCCUUCCUAACAUCUCGACGCCGAAAUCCGCGAACGAGGCCGGUGAGAAGGGAGAUGUCGGACUUGAGAACAACGAGCUCGCGCGCGCCAUGAGCAUUAAGACAAACGACCAGCUCAUGUCUAUCUACCUCAGCAGCUUGAUCCGCGCGAUUACGGCGUUCCAUGAUUUGAUUGAGAAUAAGAUUCAAAACCGCCAGCAACAAGAGGAAGUAGAAGAGAAACUGGAGGGAAAGAAAGACGAAGAAAGCAGGAAACAAAAUGGCACUAGCAACGGGGAACAGAAGGAUGAAAAGGAGACAAAGGAGAAGAACAAGAAGAAGGGAUCAUAA